ACACUGAUCGAAACGUAAUCUGUGUGCACAUAUAUGUACGAAAUGUAGCUGAAUAGCGGCGUGGGAAGGCUGUGUGUGUGUGUGUGUGUGUGUGUGUGUGUGUCAAUAUCCCUUCCACUUCCAUACCCCACACAGUAUGGCGCACAUGGAGGUGAAGGUUGUGAUGGUGGUGGUGCUGGCGGCUGCAUCAGGAGUCUUGGCUGUCACACACUCCCGGAAGCCUCUCCCUGACUCCUUGGGUGCCAUCAUCGAGCAGUGGGCGCCUCUCAUCUGGCUUCACCCCGAGGAGGUCUUCUUUCCCUCGAGCGUCGACUUCCAUCUGUUUAAUGUAGAGGUGCGGGACAGGAACGAGACCACGGUACAGUCUCUGCAGGACCGCUACUCCAUCGUGACUGGCCCGGAGACGAGAAGCUACCACCUCAACUCUGUGCCGGAUUUAGAGUGCGCUGAUUGCCUGCUGGAUUGGUUUAGGGGACAGAAUAUAAGUGAAGUUGCCGUCCCCACCUACGCAUUCGUGAAGGACCACAAGGACCCCUGCGGCACCGUUGACGUCGCCUACAGGAGUUUUUAUCCCUAUAACUACGGCAAGGAUGUUUGUGUGGGUGUGCCUAUCGGGGGAGUGUGCCAGGGCGUGAUGCAGUCCUUCGGCAACCACGUGGGGGACUGGGAACACUUCUCCAUCAGGAUCAGGAACGGAAGCGUGACGGACUGCUACGUGUCAGUGCACAGCUUCGGGGCUUACUACUCCUGGAACGACACGGCUCAGAACUUCCAGCUAGUCAGAGGCGAGAAGAUAGAUGUGAUUGAUGUGACGUACCCAGAGAGCGUGGAGGUGGUGGAGGGGCGCCACGCAGAGCUCUUCAGUGCCAACGGAUCGCACGGCCUGUGGUCUGAGAGAGGCACACAUGAGUACGCACACUUCCCGAUCCACCUCCAGGACCAGACUGAGAGAGGCUACCCGUGGAGGACCUGGGACCUUCUCGAGGUGGUGUUUUGGGACAAGGAUGAAGGGUUUGUGGGAGACGAGCACUAUCUUGGCUACCGCGGAACGUGGGGUAACCAGGAGCAGGGGUGUGGCAUCGUGGAAGAGGUGUCGGGGGAGUGUGUGCUGGUGGGCGGCCCGGGGUUCUGGCCUGCAGGACCGAGUGAUUUCCCUGAUGACUGUCACCUGCACUGAAGAAACACACACACACACACACACACACACACAUUCAGACUAGUUUAUUGAUCACAAGUUAAGUUGUUAUGCAAAGUGUGAAGUGCAUAAGUUUUGUAUCAACACAUCAAAGUGAAAUGUAACAAAUAAAUUAUCAAUGGUCCAUAA